GUAUCCCUCCGCCGGGGUCACCCCCUCCCCUCCAUGGUAGCAGGAACUAAUUCCCUUUCGGGUCACCAGGGACCUGAGGUUUGAAAUUUCACGGACCAGAGUUCCCUCUGACUCUUGGGAGAGAGGUCGACCACCCCAAGGCAGAAACCCCCAGCUAGCUCAAAAGCGGGGUUCGAUUUAAACUAGGGCUUUGGCCCCAUGACCCCAAUCAAGCCCCGCCCCUUCCUGGUUGUCUUAGCGACGGCGGUGGCGUCCCAAGAUGGCGUCGUGGCUGCCGGAGACUCUGUUCGAAAUUGUAGGACAAGGCCCAGCGCCGAGCAAAGACUAUUACCAGUUAUUGGUCACCCGGUCCCAGGUAGUCUUUAGAUGGUGGAAGAUCUCUCUGAGGAGUGAGUAUCGAUCAGCAAAGCCUGGAGAAGCAAAAGACUCUCAUGAAGAGUUCCUAGAGAAUUCCCACCUUCAAGUCCAAAUUGCCUUAAUAUUUGGUGCAAGAAUAUUAGACUAUGUCUUCAAUUUAUGUGAAGGUAAAUUUGACUUCCUUGAACGGCUCUCAGACAAUCUGCUCCUGAAUAUCAUUUCUUAUCUGGAUCUUGAAGAUAUUGCCAGGCUUUCUCAAACAUCACGCAGAUUUGCGCAGCUGUGCACAUCGGACAAACUGUGGGAGAAGAUAGUGGAGUCCGCCUGCGACACCAUCACACCGGAAAUGCGUGCCCUGGCCGAGGACGUGGGCUGGAGACAGAUGUUCUUCACCAGUAAGCUGCAGCUCCAGCGACGUCUUCGCAAGAGGAAACAUAGACAAGGAAGCCAGAGAGACAGUCAAUUUUAGGGACACAUUUUCUUACCUGCGGCGGGGGUGGGGGUUGAGGCCUGGCGGUAAUUCCCUUUUGUGUCCAAAUCUCUUUCGUUUCCUUUGACUAAGAACUCGGAUUUGAACUUGCUGCUUCAAGGAACCAUCGGGAAAGCCUCCUGGGUUUGCACACACAGGCCACCCAACCCGACGAGGCAGGGCCUUGCCUGAACCACAGUCCCCCUGUAGGAAGGCCCAAUUCAUGGCCCCCACAAAGGGCUGCGGGACAGGAAGCCGAGACACCUGUAAGAAAAGAGGCUUCUGCUGUACAGAAACAAACAAUAAAUGAUUACUCGCAGAUUUUUACUACAUAUCUGUUUUUCUGUAGGCAUUUGGAAGGAUUUCUGCCUGAUAGAGGUGGCUCAGCGUCCCCAUGGGCAACGGGGAGGGGCAGGGGCCGCAGGAGUCCCGGGGGCACAGCUGCCUUCCCAGCUCUCUUCUCCUCCAUUUGAACUCAGGGCCCUGUCAUGUGGCCCCUGGGUGCCAGGCUUUGUCCCUGCUUGUGGACAGCCUGGGAUCUGGUCCUCCCUCUAAGAAUGUGAACAGCUACGCCUUCUACCCUGGGGAUUUUUAAGAUUACAAGCUGUGGGUAACUGAGUGAAAACCCAGGUGCCCUUUGUGAUCUGUUAACCUGGAAGAGGGGGUAAAAACAGUACCAUUUGAGAGGAGGAAACUCUACAUCCCUGAGAUGGGUAAUUUGCAAAUUGUUUUCUUCCUGUGCUUUCUAGAGGAUGAAGAAUUCCCCCACCCCAACCCCCACUCCCAUCACACUCAAAGCAGCGAAUUAUCUGAUGACUCCUCUUACGCUACAGAAAAAUGUAGCUGUCAACCUCCCAUCACUUUAUGAACAGUUACCAUUUCUUCUUUCCUGCAACCUGCACUUCAGUGCCUGGAAGAAAUAAUCCAUGACCCCCUGCAUCCCAAGCAGGGGAUUUUCCUGUGAUGCCCUGAGCGUCCGCAGGCGCUGAUCUCCCCACUCAAGUCCUCCUGAACGGCUCGGGGCCACGACUUUAGUGCUGGGUUCUUUUUUUCCUUUUUACUGACCCUGUGUUCGGACCCACCUAGGUUUUAACCCCCCAUCCCUUAAAACUCACCCCCUUAAAACUCACUCAUAGAUUUCCAGCGACAUCUGUGAAAGUGAGCACAGUCUGCUUCCUGGCAGCUGAGGAGCCUGUCAGCAUUGUUCUGGAUUUAGUCCAAGCACAGAGCGAAGGUUUAACUGGUGAGAGAGCUGGGCUGCCCUCGCCACCCAGGAGGGCCUCUGCCGGGGUGAUGCAGGGGAGCGGCUGGCAGGCUGGGAGCGCGCGCUCUUGCACAGGUCCUGCAGCCUUGUUUCUCCCCGAAGUCCCCGACUUCACUCAGGGCGGGAACAUGGCUUGACACCACGUGUGCACCGCGACCGUGUGAACACGUAGUUGGUGCGCAACACGACUGCAUAAAUAGCCCCAGCUCCUUCGCAACAUCGAUGCAAAUAUGUCAGCGGCUGAAGCAUUUCGUAUGUCGUGUUUAAUCAACUGAGAUUGAAAGCUUAUGGGCAGGCACGGCGUUCUAGAGUCAGCAUGAAUCAGCAGGAACACAAACAAGGCCAUUUGAAAACGCUUACUAUCUACGGAAAAUAUAACAUAAAAAUAGAUGCUAACGGUAAAUAACAAUGAAAAAUGAGUUACUGAUAUGUUGACUAUUGCUGAUAACAGUUAAAAUAACACAGGUUAUUUAUUAGAUUAUUCCCGUGAUUAUUAGCCCUAAUAAUUUGGGUGCCUUAUUACCCAAUUAUAUUUUUUGGUCAAAACAAGCAAAAAACCCAACUAACCAACCAAUACCACCAACCUAAAAUCCUGCAGGGGACUGGUACCCUCAGCCCUUGAAACACUUUGCCCCUCUUCCCACUCAUUUUCCAUGUUAGAUCCCACGUGGCAAUCCCAUCAGCUGGAAAUAGAUAGCUAUGGUAUUGUCUCUCUGCCCCGAUGGACAGCUUUCAUGUGGACAAAUUACUCUGCUCUGUGCCUGACAUACCAUUUCACAGCGAAAUGCCACAGCACUUUAUAG